UUGCCAGAAAGACACCCGCGGGAUAGAAGGUGCACGAGGUGCAGGAGUGGCAGGGCCUGCUUCUCACUUCGGCGAGCGCCCAGUGAUGGCGAUGAUGAUGGCGGCAGUUACUCCGACAGCCCCUGUGAAGCUGCGCUCCGGGAGAUAUGUCCAGAAAGUGCCCAGAAGAAACUUCCUGUCAGAAAAACUGAAAAAGCAGUAUUUAUAACACUGGAAUUUAUGGACAAUUUGUCAAGAUGGCAGAAAAUAGUGAAAAUAACAGUAAAAAUGUAGAUGUAAGACCCAAAACAAGUCGGAGUAGAAGUGCUGACAGAAAGGACGGUUAUGUGUGGAGUGGAAAGAAGUUGUCUUGGUCAAAAAAGAGUGAGAGUUGCUCAGAUGCUGAAACAGUGGAUGCUAUAGAGAAAACAGAAGUUCCUUUAAGGAGCCAAGAAAGGAAGCACAGCUGUUCAUCCAUUGAGUUGGACUUAGACCAUUCCUGUGGGCAUAGAUUCUUAGGCCGAUCUCUUAAACAGAAACUGCAAGAUGCUGUGGGGCAAUGUUUUCCAAUAAAGAAUUGCAGUAGUCGACACUCUUCGGGUCUUCCAUCUAAAAGAAAAAUUCAUAUCAGUGAGCUCAUGUUAGAUAAGUGUCCUUUCCCACCUCGAUCAGAUUUAGCCUUUAGGUGGCAUUUUAUUAAGCGACACACUGCUCCUAUAAGUCCCAAAUCAGAUGAAUGGGUAAGUACAGACUUAUCUCAGAGUGAACUGAGGGAUGGUCAGCUAAAGCAAAGAAGAAGCAUGGAAGAAGACGUAAACAGUUUCUCACAUACUAAUGUUCAGCCUUGUGUUGUAACUACUAACAAUGCUUCAUGUAGAGGUGGUCCCAUGACUGGCUCUGUGAUGAACCUGGUUUCAAAUAACAGUAUAGAAGAUAGUGAUAUGGAUUCAGAUGAGGAAAUUAUAACACUUUGCACAAGUUCCAGAAAAAGAAACAAACCCAAAUGGGAAAUGGAUGAUGAAGUCCUACAGUUGGAAACACCUCCUAAGUACCAUACCCAGAUUGAUUAUGUCCACUGUCUUGUACCAGACCUCCUUCAGAUCAAUAACAAUCCAUGUUACUGGGGAGUUAUGGAUAAAUACGCAGCUGAAGCUCUACUAGAAGGAAAACCGGAGGGUACCUUCUUACUUCGAGACUCAGCACAGGAAGACUAUCUAUUCUCUGUUAGUUUUAGACGCUAUAGUCGUUCUCUUCAUGCCAGAAUUGAACAAUGGAAUCAUAACUUUAGCUUUGAUGCACAUGAUCCUUGUGUCUUCCAUUCUCCUGACAUUACUGGGCUCCUGGAGCAUUACAAGGACCCAAGUGCCUGUAUGUUCUUUGAACCACUUUUAUCUACUCCCUUAAUUCGGACUUUUCCCUUUUCCCUGCAGCAUAUCUGCAGAACAGUUAUUUGUAAUUGUACCACUUACGAUGGCAUUGAUGCCCUUCCAAUUCCUCCUUCUAUGAAAUUGUAUCUGAAGGAAUAUCAUUACAAAUCGAAAGUUAGAGUACUCAGGAUUGAUGCACCAGAACAACAAUGCUAAGAAAAGGGUAGGAAUAUAUUAAUAACUACAUAUAUAUUUUCAUUUAAUGUUUGAAUUUUCUUAUGCCUCUUUGAAUUUUUGUACAAAGGCAGUUGGAAUCCAAAAUGAACCUCUGCCCUAAGUUUUUCUUCCAGAUCAGUUUAUUUUUCUUAUGAUACACUUAAUUGUUUAAGAUUAUAAAUGAGAAGUUAAUAGAUAUUUU